UACAGGCACCCACCACCAUGCCUGGCUAAUUUUUGUAUUUUUAGUAGAGACAGGGUGUUUCUAAACUUUGAAGAUCACAUUUGGGAAUUUUAAAAUAACUAUUGCUUUUUGUGUAAUAUUUACACAUUUCAAUAUUAACUAUUAUUUACCAUCUGUACUUAAUUGGAAACCUAUUGGUCUUUAUAUUUUUUAGAUAGCUCUUUAAAAUCCAUGAUGGAGUUCUUACCAACCGGGCAGGGUAAUACAGGAGAAGAGUUCCACACAGGGACAUUGGAAAGACAUAAAAGUCAUCACAUUGGAGAUUUUUGCUUCCCAGAAAUCAAGAAAGAUAUUCAUCACUUUGAGUUUCAGUGGCAAGAAGUUGAAAGAAAUGGCCAUGAAGCACCUAUGACAGAAACUAAAGAGUUGGCUGGUAGUCCAGACCGAUGUGAUCAAAGGCAUGCUGGAAACAAGCCUAUUAAAGAUCAGCUUGGAGUAAGCUUUCAUUCGCAUUUGCCUGAACUGCACGUAUUUCCAACCGAAGGGAAAAUUAGUAACCAAGUGGACAAGUCUAUCAGUGGUGCUUCCUUACCUUCAACAUCCCAAGGAAUUUCUUGUAGGCUCAAAACCCAUAUUUCUAGUAAGUAUGGGAAAAAUUUCCUCCACUCUUCAGUACUCACACAAAUACAGGAAGUAUGCAUGAGAGAAAAGCCUUGCCAAUAUAAUGAGUGUGGCAAAGCCUUUAAUUAUAGCUCACUCUUUAAGAGACACCACAUAACCCAUUCAAGAGAGAAACGGUAUAAAUGUAAUGUAUGUGGCAAGAUCUUUAAUCAGAAGCGAUGCCUUGCAUGUCAUCAUAGAUGUCACACUGGUGAGAAAACUUACAAGUGUAAUGAGUGUGGCAAGACCUUCAGUCAGAUGUCAUCUUUUACAUGCCAUCAUAGACUCCAUACUGGUGUAAAACCUUACAAGUGUAAUGAGUGUGGCAGGAUCUUCAGUUGGAAGUCAUCCCUUGUAUGCCAUCGUAGACUUCAUACUGGAGAGAAACCUUACAAGUGUAAUGAGUGUGGCAAGACCUUCCACCAGAAGACGUCCCUUCAAUGCCAUCAUACGCUUCACACUGGAGAGAAACCUUACAAGUGUAAUGAGUGUGGCAAGACCUUCCACCAGAAGACGUCCCUUCAAUGCCAUCAUACGCUUCAUACUGGAGAGAAACCAUACAAGUGUAAUGAGUGUGGCAAGACCUUCAGUCAGACGUCAUCCCUUACAUGCCAUCGUAGACUUCAUACUGGAGAGAAACCUUACAAAUAUAAUGAGUGUGGCAAGACCUUCCGUCGAAAUUCAGGCCUUGUAAUUCAUAAGGCAAUUCAUACUGGAGAGAAACCUUACAAGAGUAAUGAGUGUGGCAAGACCUCCCGUCAGAAGUCAUACCUUCAAUGCCAUCAUAGACUUCAUACUGGAGAGAAACUUUACACAUGUAAUGAAUGUGGCAAGAUUUUUAGUAGAAGACAAAACUUUGCACAUCAUCAUAGAAUUCAUACUGGAGAGAAACCUUACAAAUGUGAAGAAUGUGACAAAGUUUUCAGUUGCAAAUCACACCUUGAAAGACAUAGGAGAAUUCACACUGGAGAAAAACCAUACAAAUGUAAGGUUUGUGACAAGGCUUUCUGGAGUGAUUCAUGCCUUGCACAACAUCAGAGAGUUCAUACUGGAGAGAAACCUUACAAGUGCAAUGAGUGUGGCAAAGCCUUUAGUGGGAAGCCAGCACUUACUCACCAUCAGGCAAUCCAUGGUGUAGGGAAACUUUACAAAUGCAAUGAUUCUCACAAAGUCUUCAGUAAUGCUACAGCCAUUGCAGAUCAUUAG